AUGGGCCAAAGAGGGUUGAAUUUAUACUCUGGCCAAAGAAUAGAAGACACGCCUCAUGGGGCAUGGUCCUCAACAGAACCUCCCUCUAGAUCAACUGGCUGCCCAGACAAAGCCCCCCCCCCUCUUCCUCCUGAGUCAUCAUUUCAGAUGUUGUAGUUGCACACCAUGGGGACACCAAAUGAUCAGGCUGUGUUGCAGGCCAUCUUCAACCCUGACACCCCGUUUGGAGAUGUCAUUGGUGUAGACCUGGGAGAGGAAGCUGAGAAAGAACUAGAUGAAGAUGGAGUAUUCCCUCAAGUACUACUGGAGCAGUCCAAGGCCUUGGAGCUGCAGGGGGUGAGGGCAGCAGAGGCUGGGGAAUUCAGUACAGCCCUGGAGAGGUUUGGCCAAGCCAUCAACCUGCUGCCUGAGCGGGCCUCAGCCUACAACAACCGAGCCCAGGCCCGGAGACUCCAGGGAGACGUGGCAGGCGCCCUGGAGGACCUGGAGCGCGCGCUGGCGCUGAGCGGCGGCCGGGGCCGCGUGGCCCGCCAGGGCUUCGUGCAGCGCGGGCUCUUGGCGCGGCUGCAAGGCCGGGACGACGACGCCCGCAGGGACUUCGAGCAGGCGGCGCGGCUGGGCAGCCCCUUCGCGCGGCGCCAGUUGGUGCUGCUCAACCCGUACGCCGCGCUGUGCAACCGCAUGCUGGCCGACAUGAUGGGGCAGCUGCGCAGCCCCGCAACGGGCGCUGAGCGGGCGUGGGCGAGGGAGGGCGGCCCCGAACCAAUAAAGCUGCUCGGCUUCCACCGACUCGCGCCCGUGUCUGCGUGCAGCGCCGUCCCGGCGGGGGAAGGCCAAGCAGCCUAG